AGGAAUACGAGAAUUAUUACGCGGGUGCGAGGAAGUUCAGGCUCAAGGAUUCGUCGCCAACGUCGUCGUCGUCGUCGUCGUCGUCGUCGUCGUCGUCGACGUCACUGAUACCGGCAACGUCGUCGACGUCGACGUUGUCCAAAAAUAAUAAUAACAACGUUAUCGUUGCCAGUAAUAUUAUCAACAACCACCGGGAGCUCCAGCAAGAGCAGCAACGACAAAUUCAACAGCAUCAAAUCCAAGAACAACAACAACAGCAGCUCAAUCAACAACAACAACAGCAGCAGCAGCAACAACAUUGGUGGUACGAGGGUGGUUACGGUGGUGUCAACGAAAGUGAGAGAGAUAAGGGUGCAGCGGUGGCGGGUGAGCUGGCUUGCCUCGCGGGCUACAUGGCGGGGUAUCUGAAGGCGGCGGGCGCCACGUGCGCCCCGACCGGAAGUGCCCAGUAUCAUCCCCAUAGUCAUCCAGCCAUGGGGGUUGGUACUCAUCCACAUCCGCACUCGCAUCCACAUCCCGGUGGUCCACAUCCCGGGCUACCAUCGCCUUUCGCGCUUGCGACACAUGGACAUCCGCAUCCGCACCCGCUCGAUCACGGACUUUCGGCUUUUCCUCAAGGUAUGAAUCAGCGCAAACAGAGGAGAGAAAGGACGACAUUCACCCGAGCGCAACUGGACAUCCUCGAAGGACUAUUCUCGAAAACCAGGUACCCGGACAUCUUCAUGCGUGAGGAAGUCGCCAUGAAGAUCAGUCUACCGGAAUCACGAGUGCAGGUGUGGUUCAAAAAUCGACGGGCAAAGUGCAGACAACAAGUGCAACAGCAACAACAGCAACAGCAACAGCAACAACAAACCUCGACCCCGAAAGGCUCGCCGAGGGCUAGUCAAGCGCAGAAUAACAACGCGAACAAGAUGCAAUCCUCCCAGUCGGCGAACAAUCGACGAGCCUCGCCCGCUUCACCACCACGCGGCAAGGAAGCGCCGGGACCAAACUCACCCUUGAUAACCAGCAAUUCGACGUAUCCGAGACUAGGCGCAACACCGACCGGAGGCAGCGGAGCAAGCAGCGCUUUGACGACGCCAUCCCCGCCAUUGACCCCGGGAUCGAGCCAAUUGCCACCUUCCUCUUAUCCACCCCCGAUGAAUCAAAUACAUCACGGUGAAUACGGUUUUCCAUGGAGCUCCGCAUCACCCGGCUCCGUAAACCCGAGCCAAUGUUAUCCAGGACAAACCGCCUAUAAUGCCUAUCAAAAUCCAUACGCUUCCGGUGACUAUUAUCAGACUCAGAUAAGUCACAUGCAUCACAGUCCCCAGAGCAAUUAUCAUCAUCACCAUCCACAGUAUCAUCACAACAUGACCCUAACCUCGUCCAUGUCCCAUCUUGGCCAUCACCACCUCAACCCAGCGUCAGCUAACGAAAUGGCCGCUUCUUCACCCGGCGAUUCCUCCGACGCUUACAUUCUACCGGAUCAAAAGUACCAAGCGAUGGUCUAGCGCCACCAACGCCCCAAAUCUAAUCGCUUUUAUGAAAACAACAACGUCCAAGACUACGAGAGCGAACAGCAUUGGCAGCACAACCAUCAAAGACCCGUUUUUCAGCAUCGUCGGAUCAGCCCGGCUGGCUAUCCACCGAUCGAUCAAAGAACUCCACAUUUACGAUCGUCCUUAUUGUACUCCGAUCGUCAAUCCUUCAAGGAACCUAAGGACAAAACCAACCAGAUGAUCGUAUAAAAUCGUCUGGACUUCUCGAAUUAUUUUUCCCCGUUGUCACGGCAAAGAGUGAGAUACUGUGACGAUCGGGAAAGCGUUUGGAGACGGUUCGAGUAACGAGGCUGCGCUGUGUCAGUGGGAAAACCUGUCGAAGCUCGGAACACCAGGAGGUCUCGUUUCAUUAACUUGAGGUAAUUUGUGGAAAUUACCUAGGUCAUGACGAAACUCCGAUUCAUCUGUUCCCAUUGAAUGCUGUUUCCCCCAAUAUUUUUUUAUCCUUCGAAAAACGAAACUUCGGCGUUGCUGAUUGUGCAAAAUUUUUUAUUUCGACGUUCGCGACUUUCGCCCCGAUUCAUUCAUAUUUCUUUUUCCUUCCGCUUAUCUCUCGCUAUUUCGAAAGGUUGGAGAAGUUCGUGGAAAAAAAGAAAAAUAAAAAAAAAACAAAACAAAAAAGAUUAGCCCGGUUAAGCGAAUCGGAUUUUUUGCGGCAGUCUAUGCUAGAAUUCGCUUCGGCUUUUUCAUUCUCUCGUCGCUUUCAUUCCCCAUACCCUCAGCAUGUACGUAAAAAAAAAAUCAAAUCUAUCGGCACAUCGUUUUUUCUGCAUUAAAACUACCAACAUUUCAUCGUGAAUCAUUUUUCACCAUUCGUGGACAAAAAUCCCCCCUACCAACCCCGCUCGUGUAUGUAAAAAUAUCUCGCGCGAACCAUGGAAUCCACCGAGCUCAGCAUCCACCGAGAAACGUAAAAAAAUCCUUCCAGCGAUUAUCACGUAUACGUGAGUGGCAUUUUCAACAUUUUCCCACUGGCGAAGGGCUUUUGAAAAGGGACAUAAAAAAUCCAAGUAUUAAAUUCAUCGAAAACAUUUUUUUGGAACGGCCUGAAAAAUCCAACGAUCCUCGAGUCGUUCUUUCCUUUCAAGCAUAAUAAUUUUCCAAACGAAUUCUUCGGGUGCAAAAGUGACCGAUUGAAAUUUACAGUGCCAUCGAAAAUCUUCGUUACUUUAUAAGAACAAUUUUUGCUUUUCUCAAUACCAGAAUGAUGCUUCGACGAAAGCAUUUUAUUCUACGAACUAUUUAUCAUCGAUAUCGAUGCAAGAAAAUAGCAAAUUUGCUAAAGUAUAACGAACAAAUAUGCCGAAAAAAAUUUCUCUUCUUAAGUAACGAGUGGAUGCUCUCAGGAAUUUGACGCGUCAAGUGACACAAAGGAAAGCCGAAACGAAAAACUGACACGCGCUAGUUUCAAUGCAGAUAACUAUCACUGUGUCUGUGUACAUUGAUCGAUUCAAUGUGGCAAUUAGGCGAGCAGAAAUCUAGGAUCAAAAUUCCCCUAUAAAUAAAAGAGUCCCAAUAACUUCCAGCCGCCUCGUUAAUUCAUUGAAUUCGACAAUUAAUCGAUCGAAUUUUUACGAGUAAUAAAUUUGGCUCUAUCAUCAUUAUCGUUAUCAUUAAUAUUACGUUACAUUACGAAUAAAAGUACCAUUAGUCAUCGGAUCUAUCGUAUCAGCAACGAAUAUCGUAUUAAUAUUAUUAUUAUUAUUAUUAUUAUUAUCAUUAUUAUAGAUCAUUAUGAUUAUUAUGAUUAUGGUCGUCGAUAUUGAAGAAAAAAAUUUUAAUAAUAAUUGAUAAUCAUCCAUAUCAAAAGAGACCGUGCUUGGCCGGAUAGACAAAAAGAAAAAUCUGUAAAUACACAUUCUAAUGAGUAAAUAAAAAUAUUAUAUAUAUGUGUAAAGAUAUAUAUAUAUAUAUAUAUAUAAAUAAAUAUAAAUAUAUUCUCGAGGAAUAAAGUGCACGAUUAUUCAGAAUGCUUGAACGAUGACGUGGGACGAAUGAAUGAAAAGAUGUGAAAAAAUAUACGACUGUGUGCCCGAGCUUUUUCCUUGGGGUAACGAUUAAUAUUAAUCUGUACCAUUACGAGUAAUUCACGUGUCAUCAACGAUUGAAAAUACAAAAUAAAAAUAAGUGUGUAAAAGCAAGCGAAAUGAUCGUUUUCUCGUAGUUCUGGCGGUUCGUCAUGCGGUUCGUCCAAUAAAACGUACCGUAAAACCCCCCCCCCCCCCCUGCGAGCUCACGAUACUGCUCACUUGACAUAACGUUUUUUUUCAAUGACAAAAGAUAUGAAAAAAGUUAUCAUGAUCAACCUGUGGAAAUAGUCCAUGUGUACACAAUUAUCAUUCAUUGAAUAUAAAUAUAUGUAGAAAUUACAUUCCAUAUUAAAUACAUAUUUAUAUAUAUUCAAAUAUAUAUAUAUAUAUGUAUUAACACGUAUGAAACUUUUGUCGAAUGGGACAAAAGAUACGAUGUGAGGAUUCCAAGGAUACUGUUUGAGUGUAUAUUUCAUGUAUACAAUCCUAAUGUAUGAUAAUUAAUUAUUGUGAUCGUGCAGCAAAGUAGUGAAAGUGGAGAGGAAAAAAAAUGAUUUUUUAAAAAUCUUGUCAAAUUGAAAUGAAAGAAAUGAAAAAGCCACAAAAUGACAGGGGCACACAUGAACAUUAUAUUAAUUAUAAACAUAUAAUAUGAAUAUCAUAAUUACUAUCAAUAAUGAAAAGACGCAAAAUCAAGGUUUAAAAAUGUGCAGAAAAAGACAUGAGGCAAGUUCGAAAAGGAGUGAAUAUAUCGUGCACGUCGCACCCAUCCCCCUCGUCGUCGUAUAUUAUAUCGAUUUAAGACCGCUACUUUGUAAUAUCAUAACGAUUUGACGCCAUUGUAAAUAAUUAAACGAGCAAAAAAUAAUGUUACGUGUGUAAGUUAUAAAACGAAUGGACAAAAACGAACAAAUACAAAUCACGAUUCGAAUAA